UUCCUUUGCGUUACCCAGAUGCAAAAGCAGGAGCUAAAAGCUCAAGACCCUUUUUCCAAGUUGGGACUCAAACCAAACACAUAUUAGAGGCCCCGCCCAGGCGCUCUCGUGACUAAAGUCCCGACAGCCCUCGCGCGCCACGCCCACGGCUCUUGCGCACGCGCAACUCGAGACGCGACUCUUGGUUGUACUCUAGGCUGGGCUUUGACAGAGACUCCCGGAGGGGUAGAGGGGGCGGACACUAGGUGUCGCGCGCAUGCCUGGCAGGGCCGGGCCGCUCUUCUCCGGUGAGUCGGACGCCACAGCUGGGCCCAAGAUGGACCUCCCGGCCUUGCUCGCCGCCCCGGCCGCGCGCAGAGACCAACAUGGCGGUGGUCCAAGCCGGCUUCGCCGAGGCGCGGGGCCAUCCCUCGGUGCUGGUCCCGGGCGCCGCCGCCUGCUGCUGCUGAGGGGCCCGGAAGAUGGCGGGCCCGGGCCGCGUCGGGAGGAGGCCCUGGGGCCGAGCCCGCCUCCCCCGGAGGAUGGCGGCGACUCCUUCGUGGUACUGCUGGAAGUGCCGCGCGCGCCCGACGCCCACGGGCAGGAGGAGGCCGAGCCCGGCCCCGGCGCGAGCCCCACGGAACAGGUCCCGGCCGCCGCCCCCGGCGCGGCUCUGGCGGGCACCGUCACCAUCCACAACCAGGACCUUCUGGUGCGCUUCGACCGAGGCGUCUUCACGCUGGCCGCCGCCCCCGCGCCGGCCGCCCCGGGCCUGCAUCCCGCGACCACCCCGGGCCUGGAACCCUCGAGCGCUGUUGCGUCCCGCCGCGGGCCGGUGGCCGCCAGCGCUACCUCUCCAGCCUACAGAUGUCCGGAGCCGCAGUGCGCGCUGAGCUUCGCUAAGAAGCACCAGUUGAAGGUGCACCUGCUGACGCACGGCAGCCUCCAGGGCCGGCGGCCUUUUAAGUGCCCGCUGGAUGGCUGUGGCUGGGCCUUCACCACCUCCUACAAGCUCAAACGGCACCUGCAGUCGCACGACAAGCUGCGGCCCUUUGGCUGCCCAGUGGGCAGCUGCGGAAAGAAGUUCACCACAGUGUACAACCUCAAGGCGCACAUGAAGGGCCACGAACAGGAGAGCCUGUUCAAGUGCGAGGUGUGCGCCGAGCGCUUCCCCACACACGCCAAGCUCAACUCCCAUCAGCGCAGCCACUUCGAGCCUGAGAGGCCCUACAAGUGUGAUUUCCCAGGCUGUGAGAAGACAUUCAUCACAGUGAGUGCCCUGUUUUCCCAUAACCGAGCCCACUUCAGAGAACAAGAGCUCUUUUCCUGCUCUUUUCCUGGAUGCAAUAAACAAUAUGACAAAGCCUGCAGACUGAAAAUUCACCUGCGAAGUCACACAGGUGAAAGACCAUUUAUUUGUGACUCAGACAGUUGUGGCUGGACCUUCACCAGUAUGUCCAAACUUCUCAGGCAUAAAAGGAAACAUGAUGAUGACCGGAGGUUCACCUGUCCUGUGGAAGGCUGUGGCAAGUCAUUCACUAGAGCAGAGCAUCUGAAGGGCCACAGUAUCACCCACCUGGGAACAAAGCCAUUUGAGUGCCCUGUGGAAGGGUGCUGUGCCAGGUUCUCAGCUCGCAGCAGUCUGUACAUUCAUUCUAAAAAACAUCUGCAGGAUGUGGGUGCUCCAAAAAGCCGCUGCCCGGUGUCCAGCUGCAACCGACUCUUCACCUCCAAGCACAGCAUGAAGGCGCACAUGGUGCGGCAGCACAGCCGGCACCAAGAUCUUGUACCUCAGCUGGAAGCGCCAAGUUCUCUCACACCCAGCAGUGAACUGAGUAGCCCGAGCCAAAGUGAGCUCACCAACAUAGAUUUAGCAGCACUUUUCUCUGACACACCUGCUAACAGUGGCAAUUCGGCAUCUGGGUCAGAUGAAGCCCUGAACUCUGGGAUCCUCACCAUUGAUGUCACUUCUGUGAGCUCUUCUCUGGGAGGGAAUCUCCCUACUAAUAAUAAUUCCUUAGGGCCAAUGGACCCCCUGGUUCUGGUGGCCCACAGUGAUUUGCCUCCAAGUUUGGACAGUCCUCUUGUUCUUGGGACAUCAGCCACAGUUCUCCAACCAGGCAGCUUCAGUGCAGAUGAUUCACAGACCAUGAGCACAGGAGCAGUAGGCUGUCUGGUGGCUGUGCCUGUGAGGAACUUAGGUCAAGACCCACCAGCUUUGACCCCCAGCAAUAACUUAACAGCACCUUCUAGCACACCAACCUCUUCAGGCACUGUGCAAGAAACUGCCAGUGUCCCAGAUCUGCUGGUUCCAAUAAAGGUGGAACAAGACUUGCCUCCUGUUCCAGAUGUGGUCCAGGGGCAGGAAGAAAGCCACGGGCCAUCCCAGUCUCUGCUGUCCAGCUCUGCAAAGAGGCCAGGGGCUCAAAAGGACUCAGAGCACUGUUCUGGCACCAGCAGUCUCUACUUGGAAAGUGGGGGCUCAGCAAGAACUGAUUACCGAGCCAUUCAACUAGUCAAGAAAAAAAAGCAGAAAGGAACUGGGAGCGAUGAAGGAGCCUCUGAGUCUGCUCAUAGGAAAAUGAAAGGUGGUAUGGUCAACCCUCCUCAUGUCCACUCAGGCCAGCACAGUUGUUUUUGUGGAAACCUCAUGGUACCCAGUGGAAGUCAACCAGCAACAGCCCCUGCAGCUGGGCUGCACUGUGUCCAGAUCCCUGUUGUGCAGGAUGAACCCUCAGGUGAAGGAGGCUUGCCACUGACCCUCAGCCCUCAGCGCUCUGCCUUCCACCCCUACUUCACUGUGGAUCUGCCUGUCUACGUCCUCCAGGAAGUGCUUCCAGCACCUGGAGGUUCUGUUGGCCUGGAAACUGCACAGCUACCAGGAAGCACUAUCAACCUACGGGACCUCCAGUGACAGCAGCCUGAGCAAACACAGACCGUGGUCCAGACUAUCAUCAAGACCUCAGAUGACUGGGGUGGGCAGGGCAACCUCACUUGACUUCUGCUCAGCAGUCCAUACUGAUUCUUUGAGACUUUGCGGUACACAAAUUGAAAGUGCUUUUAUUCUGUUCCAUUGAGCCAGUUUGGGCUGUACUCUGAAACUGCCUCCAUAGGUUGCCCUUGGUGAGAUAGGCUGGGUUCACUUGUUACAUUAAAAGAUCGCUGCAGGAAGUGGGUAGAGCAUGGCUUCCUGCUCUGGUGCACCUUUGUAUUAAGUCUGGACAGGGCCUUCAAUCGUAGUGUUAGCAUUUUGCCUGACACAUCUAGAAAUUUGUUUUUUUCUGAGAGUUUGUAUGACAGACUGCUUCUCACCUACUGGGAUGGUGUUGGUGGGUGUGUUGGUUUUACUAUGCUGUAUGCCAUGGUGAAGCCAAAUUCAGGCUGAGCUCUUGCAAAGCAGACAGGCAGCUAGUCUGAACAGUGAUUAGCUGGCCUACUGCCUACCAGUGACCUGCAAGUAGCCCUCUUCCUAGACCGAUAGUUUGGCUCACAGUUUGGGAAUGAAGAUUUCAGACUUUUAAAGUCAUCUUUCUAAAUUCUCGUUUGGGGAGUCAUGGUAAACAGUAACUUGUCAGCAGUCUCUAGAGUGAGCUUCAGAAUGCUGUAUGUUAUGUGUAGGGCUGGAAUGAUAGGCUUGUUUUGUGGUUGAGGUUGAUAUUAUGUGGGCCUUGUAUGUUUUCACAGACUGAUUCAGUCUUCCUAGAUAAGACUGUUGGGCUGCCUUGCACCUAUUUAUUUGUUAAGACUGGAUACAGGGUCGCUCAGAAAUGCAUUUUUCUUGGGCAUUUUGGAGUAUGUGCUUAUUCACAUACUGUUUGGUUCUGUCCCGUCUGAGUUGCUUGGUUUCUUGGAUUUGGGAAGGGCCCUGAGAUGGGCAUGAGUCCUCCCUGGAUGGCUCUGUAGUGCCGUCUACCUGGGUGCUGCUUCCUACAAGGGGAUUAUAAAUCCCACUUGAGAAGGCUCCUUUCCAUGGUUUCUCCUGCAUCCUAGGCCAAAGUUUAGGGGUUGAACUUGCCCACCUGUCAUCAGGGCCCUCCUCACUCCAUAGGCAGCCUGGUACCAUUGUCACCUGCCUCAAGAGCCCACCCACAGAGAAGCUGCUUUCUCUCAGAGCCUCCAGGGUGUGUGUGCAAGUGAGCACUGGAGCUUCCUGCUGCCAUGGGCCCAAUUCUUAGUGCAAAUGAAUAAAAGUGUUUGUAUGUCA